UGUCGUACGCAGUGCAAGAAUUGGUUAUUCAGUGUACCCCAAACGAUAGCUCCCAGAAAUAGGCUAAUUAUAGCCAGAAAAUAGUGCCAUUGCUUUGUGAUCCAGCAAAAGUGAACUCAUAUUCAUCGGUGAUACGUAAAACUCCUACAUCAUUGCCGGCGCAGAGAAGACAGUGCGUGAAGAAAUCAUCUUGUACGCCGCUACCUUCCGCCAUUUUUGUUGGCUGUGUGCAUUAUCGAUUUUUCACAUCCGUGCUCCGGUUACCGUUUGGCUGCUACUGCUGCUACCACCGAAAAGCAUCCACUGUUUCAUCGUCGGUCGGCGUUUUGCACGUAUAAGUGCAGCAAAAAUCUUUCGCCUCGAGAGCCCCGUUUUCUGUGCCGUUUCCGCAUCUCCGACGACAUCGAACGUUCGCUACCACUCCACACCAACCCUCCCCACAAGCCGCCUACGAGAAUCGCCCACACACGACGUCGACGUCAAACACGUCGAAGAACUACUACUGCGCUACUACUCUCCUCCUACACAUCCCACUCGUCGACGCAUGGGGAUUAUUCGCACGCAACGACGACCGUAAUCAUCCCCGCCAACGCGGUCACCUGCGCCAACCGGUGACAUUUUAGGGAUUGAGAGCGAGCAAGAGCGUCCUCGAGCGGCUUCUCGACUACUACGACUCCUUCGACAACGCAACUGCUUCGAAAGCUGCACCAGCGCGCGCGCCUUCUUCGAUCUGUGCGUAAGCAAAUAGCGACACUCCUAGAGAUCAUAUAGUGGGCAAUCCUGUGUGUUUGUUGGGGUAAAAGAGAGAGAUAGAGAGCGAGAGAGCGAUAGUGGGCGAGGUGGUGUGAUAAAAAACAAUCCUGUUUGAUUUGAUUUGAGCAGCCACAACAACAACAACAACAACAGCGGUUACCACACAGACGACCUCUGCGCGAAAGCAUAAUGGGCGAUCAGAAGGGUACACGUGUCUACGUCGGCAACCUCACCGAUAAAGUGAAGAAGGAGGAUCUCGAGGGCGAAUUCACCAAGUACGGUAAAUUGAACUCUGUCUGGGUAGCUUUCAAUCCACCAGGUUUCGCAUUCAUCGAGUUCGAAAACAAGGAUGAGGCGGAAACGGCCUGCGACAAUCUGAACGGGCAGGAUAUCCUUGGCUCGAAGCUACGUGUCGAAAUCUCGAAGGGACGCCGCAAUCCGCGGGGUGCCACACGGGGCUUCCGUGGGCCGCCCGGUCGGAAUGGUGGCAGCGGAAGCAGCGGAGCCGGCGGUAGUAGCGGUAGCUUCCGGAACGGCUCGCGUGGCGGUUUCCGUGAUGGGGGAGGCUCGAGCUAUCGCAGCGGCAGUGGAGGUGGUGGUAGCGGCGGUGGAGGCAGCUUCCGUGGGGGAAGCCGCAGCUCCGGCCGCUUCGACGGUGGUUACGGUAGCAGCGGUGGUGGUGGCGGCGGCGGCGGUCGCUCCACUGGCGGUGGCUACAGUCGUGAUGGUGGUGGACGCGACGGAGGUUAUGGCAGCAGCAGCGGAAGCUUUGGUGGUGGCGGCGGCGGUGGUAGCUACGGUGGUGGCCGCAGCAGUGGUGGUGGCGGUGGUGGUCGCUUCCGGUCGCGGUCACCGGUCGGUGCUCGCGGGCGAUACUAAACUGUCGUAUCGGAUCGAACACGCGGCUGACCGAGCUCAAACGGCGAAUGUGUAGAGCCGGAACCGUGUUCCCCCAUACUUCUUCCUACGGUCAGUUUUGUAAUGCAGAAACUGUGUCUGCAAACCGCGUGACGACGAGAGAGUAAUGGCGAGUUUUUUGUCGAUGAAAGUGUCUAUUUCAGUGUAGCAUUUAAGAAACAAAUCAGACAACCAACAACCAAAUGUAAAUUUCUUGGUCAUCGAUAGCAUCUCUCCCGUUCCUCUGAGGCACGGUAUUUUCAUUUUAGAGUGUAAGACAAAGGGUUUAAUGCCCACCAAAACGAUCAAACCGGUAUCGUGCUUAAUUUUAGGUCGGAAAACUUGAUUAUAAUUAUUUAUGACGAGUGCGAAUUCAUAUGAGCAGAUAACCCAACCCAAUCAUCGAUCAGAAAAGUCCCACACAAAACUCCAUCACAAAAGAGGUCUGUGACCAACGAUAUCUUGUUUACCCUUAUUUGGUAACGAGGAAAACAUGCGCCCGAUUUGGCCCGAUGUAGGGAACUUUUCAAUACCAGUCUCGAAAUCUAAUUCCUAUUAAUUUAGAACCCUGAGUAAAAGGAGGUCACAUUUUCUAAAAAUACAUUAAAAUAGCUUUUAAGUAUCCAGUUCGAACUCCAUUCAUUUGUUUCGGGUUGAAAAGGUCGUUAAAUCCCCUAGGAAAGGAAUAUCAUUGUCACUCAGCGCUUGAAAAAUUACAUAAUUAUUAGUAUAUGAUUCUGUUGAGGGAUAUUUUAUCCGCAAUCAGUCAACUUUUUUCCUACCAAUGAAUUAAAUAGAUUGAUCGCGGGUGAGUGUUUCGUUUAAAGAAAUCCUGUUGUGAACGAGAGCCAAAAAUCGUUGUAGUAGUCGUUAAGGCACAUUUAGGGAGAGAGAGAUAUUUGCAAACAUCUAGGCACAAACAACCAUACCCCAAAAGCAACGUAUUUAAGCGAUACAACGAGGUAUCCCUUCCCACUUUACUUGAACUAGUUUGAGUUGCACUGUAAAGGGCCAAUGAAUUCAUGAAAUGUGUCUCGAAUGCUUUUAAACCUCCUAGUGCUGGAGGUAUUUUUUGUUUGAUUUUCUUUCUUUACGAUACAAACAAGCACACAAACCUGGCCAGCAAUAAUAUGUGGUAAUUAAUAAAGUCCUUAUGAUGGGAAAAUGUAGACAAGUGCUAGCUUUUACAUUGAUGACGCGGUCGGCGAUCAUCAAGGGCAGUUGUGUGUGUGUACGACGAAGAUAGCAUGCCCGACUGGUGAUCUCAUAUGUAGGGUCGAAGGGAAAACAACCUGUUAUCUGUGUCUCUAAACCAAAAGGGUAUUUAUGGCUUAAAACCCUGAAUUGUAUGAGGGUGGUCCUUCUUCCUUCUGCAGUAUAAUAAAAUUUUAAAUAAC